UGGGCGUAGGGGGUGCUUGGAGGGGCGUUUACAAGUUGAUUAUGAGGUUCUUGGAUGAGUAUGUGGAGUGUGCUUGGGGUGUAUAUGUGGGGGGCUUGGGGUGUGCUUGCUGCUGAAGCCUGUCCGAGACAGCGCUGGGCUUUCUUUUGCUCGCUCGCUGCGGUGUUUCGCUGUGAAAGCACACCUGGUUUGGGGUAACCGCCCCUGUGCGAAGCUGGCGUGGUUCCUCGAAGUCUGCCCUUCCUGUGGGCACGGUUGGUGGCUGGGCGGCAGCCUGUCCGCCUCAGCGAGUGCUGUUAAAUUAUGAAGGCAUUUUGAGGUCCUAAUCAGCAAUGGAGGAAACGGAUAGGGAAGCAGUUGCGACAGCUGUUCAGAGAGUAGCAGGAAUGCUUCAGCGUCCUGAUCAGCUGGACAAAGUGGAGCAGUAUCGCAGGAGGGAAGCUCGUAAGAAGGCUUCAGUAGAAGCUCGGCUCAAGGCAGCAAUCCAGUCGCAAUUAGAUGGAGUCCGAACAGGUUUAAGUCAACUGCACAAUGCACUGAAUGACGUAAAGGACAUUCAGCAGUCUUUGAUAGAUGUCAAUAAAGACUGGAGACAGAGCAUCAACACCAUCGAAAACCUCAAGGAUGUUAAGGAUGCUGUAGUGCAACAUAGCCAACUGGCAGCUGCUGUAGAGAAUCUCAAAAACAUCUUUUCAGUUCCAGAGAUAGUGAGGGAGACCCAAGAUCUGAUUGAGCGAGGGGAACUUCUGCAAGCUCAUCGGAAACUGAUGGAUUUGGAGUGUUCUCGUGAUAACCUGAUGUACGAGCAGUAUCGCAUGGACAGCAAAAACACGCAUGACAUGAACCUCAUCCACACGUACUUUGGGGAUAUGCAGAAACUUUCCGAGGAGCUGGCCAAGCAGCUUUGGAUGGUGGUUCAGAGGUCUCUCGUCACUGUCCGUCGAGAUCCAACCUUGCUGGUUUCUGUUGUUAGGAUAAUUGAAAGGGAGGAGAAAAUUGACAGGCGUAUGCUAGACCGGAAAAAACAAACUGGGUUUAUACCUCCUGGCAGACCAAAGAAGUGGAAAGAAAAAAUGUUCAACAUUUUGGAAAGAACUGUGAGCACGCGAAUUGAAGGCACACAGGCAGAUACUAGAGAAUCUGACAAAAUGUGGCUCGUGCGCCAUCUGGAAAUCAUACGUAAAUACGUCCUUGAUGACCUGCUAGUGGCUAAAACCCUACUGGAUCAGUGUUUUCCCCCACAUUAUGACAUUUUCAAAAGAUUGCUAAACAUGUACCAUCAGGCUUUGUCUACCCGCAUGCAAGAGCUUGCUGCAGAGGAUCUGGAAGCAAAUGAGAUUGUUAGCCUUCUGACUUGGGUUUUAAAUACUUACAAAAGUACAGAGAUGAUGGGAAAUUCAGAACUGUCUCCUGAAGUGGACGUAAAUUCUCUGAAUCUUUUGAUUUCACAAGAUGUGGUAGAUCAGCUUCUCAGCAAGUACAUGUCAACGCUUACUUCUAACAUCAUCGGCUGGCUACGGAAAGCACUGGAGACAGACAAAAAAGACUGGGUAAAAGAAACUGAACCAGAAGCAGAUCAAGAUGGGUACUAUCAGACUACACUCCCAGCUAUUGUUUUUCAGAUGUUUGAGCAGAAUCUUCAGGUAGCCGCACAAAUAAGCGAAGAUUUGAAAACAAAGGUACUCCUUCUAUGUCUUCAACAAAUGAAUUCAUUUCUAACCAGGUACAAAGAUGAAGCACAGUUAUAUAAAGAAGAACAUCUUAAAAAUCGUCAGUACCCACAAUGCUAUGUUCAAUACAUGAUUGCAGUCAUCAACAACUGUCAAACUUUUAAAGAAUCUAUUAUCAGUCUGAAAAGGAAAUACUUGAAAGUUGAACUGGAGGACACAUUGUCAAGCAGUCAUGCAAGCAUGGAUGCGAUUUUAGACAUCAUUGCCAAAGAAGGAUGCUCUAGCCUGCUAGAUGAAGUCUUCAUGGAUUUAGAGACCCAUCUCAAUGAGCUGAUGACAAAGAAGUGGUUGAUGGGGUCUAAUGCUGUGGGGACUAUUUGUGUCACUGUAGAGGAUUAUUUCAAUGACUUUGCAAAAAUAAAAAAGCCUUAUAAAAAGACAAUGACUGUUGAGGCCCAUCGAAGAGUGGUUGUGGAAUACAUCAGAGCAAUCAUGUUAAAACGUAUAUCUUUCAAGAAUGCAGAAGAGAGAAAGGAGGGUGCAGAAAAAAUGAUCAAAGAAGCAGAGCAGUUCAGAUUUCUGUUUAAGAAGAUUGCAGCUGGAUCUGGAGAGGACACUGAAGGACUUUGUGAUAUCAUUGAAGCUAUUGCAGAGGUUAUCAAACUAACUGAUCCUUCACUGCUCUAUUUGGAAGUUUCAACUUUAGUCAGUAAAUACCCAGAUAUCAGGGAUGACCAUAUUGCAGCCUUGCUGACAGUGAGGGGAGAUGCCAGCCGAGACAUGAAGCAGACUAUCAUUGAGACUUUGGAUCAGGGUCCAAGCCAACCCAAUCCGAACUAUGUGCCAAUUUUUAAAGAAAUUACAGUUCCUACUCUCACUGUGCCAAAACUUCUGAAGUAACUGACAAUUCUGUUUAGGUGUCAUUGCAGGUCUUGGAUCAACGGGUGUGAAAUAUUUGAGGGCAAAUUUAGUAGUGCUUUUUCGAGUACAGUUCAAUCCACGAUGAUACUUGCUGGUGAUCUUUCUUUCUAAAGACUUGGAUGUGGGGAGGUCUUCUCUCAGAAAUCUGAUUACAAAGGUUAUAGAAUGCAGCUUCUAUUGACCAGAGGGUUCUUCACUGACUCAUUUGUUUCAGCUGGUUUUGUUGUCAGCAAGUACACUUUUCUUGUGGAGCAUGUUUGCAAUGCCAUAUAAAGAUAGUGCCUUAGUGCUGGAGAGCCCAAUACCUUGCUUACAGCACCUAAGCUCGCUCUUGGAACUAUCUUUAUAUGGCACUGCAUUGGGUGUAUAUUAACUUCCUCAGUUUCCUUUCACGUUAUACUUUGUGUAUGUACUUACUUUGGUGUAAAAUAGUUUAUUGCAGAAAGCUUAAUUAUGGAAUCAGCUCCCUGACAAAAGGACUGAAGAGUUUGCUUAUAGGGUGAAUGAAUAAAUAGCUACACGGGCCACUUGAGGUACAAAAACUUUUUGUCAUGGAUUCACUAAAAAUAGCACAUAAAAUUUCAAUAUUUCAAUAAAAUGUUGAACCGUU